AUGGCAGAAAGAGUCUUACAGAAGUUAGAACUCCUGGAUAAGCAAGCAAAGAUACUCAUGAACAGAAGAAUAAAGAAAAACAAGCUUCAGUAUGUAGGAACAGAAAAUACUUUACCCCUGACAUUUGAUUAUCAUUCAGAAUUUGAAGAGGGUAGUUCUACCCUUCAAUCUGCAUCGAGGACAGCAUCAAAGACCAUGGAAGAUAAGUCACGUGACGUUAAAAAAUCAAAAAAAUGUGUCUAUUUCAAAAUUGAACCUGAACCCAGAAAGAAUGAUUUUGAAAAGUUAAAUUUAAGAUCACAAUUUGUUCCAACAAACAUAAAAAAUCAAGAAAGUAAGUCAACAGCUCAAAUCGAAAAAAAUACUAGAAAAUCACUGGAGUCAAUUGGUUUCUUAGAAGAUGAUGUAAACAAGAGGAAGUAUCCUCCACCAACGAAUGAUUUCAGUACAAAAGAAAAGAAGCCAAUCACAAGUGAUCCAUUGAGUGACCACUGUUCAGUAAGAAAGAACACCUUGCUCCCCUUGUGUUUUGAGGAUGAACUGAAAAAUCCAAAUGCCAAAAUAAUGGACAUUAGUCCAGCAAAGACAGAAACUUCUCAAGUGGAACAAAAGGACACAAAUCCCAUAAUUUUCCAUGAUAAAAAAUAUAUUCAAAUGUUACUUUUCACAAAAAAUGGACUUUCUGCCCAUCUUUGGCAAAAUGAAAAACUUUACCCUCAUAAAAGAACAAAUUUUGUUUUGGAAAGAAACUGUGCGAUGCUCAAAUCUUUUAUUGGCAAUGAAGUGAUUACCUUUUCUGAACCCCAAAGAACUACACAUAUAACAUUUGAAAAAGAUAAACAAGCCACACCUUUGAGAGUGGACCAAAAAAGAGUGAAGAAUACUUGUGAUCAGCCAUCAAAAGGCAGACUUUGGAGUAGAAGUUAUACUAUCUCACCGACUUUUUCCCAUUUCACAAAAAAAUGUGUGGGCUAUCUUGAUAAACCUGUUAUUCGAGAAAAGAGUGAUAAAACUCACAAAUUUGAAAGAAUGCUUUCAACAGUGAAGCUGGUGCACACACACAAAUUCACUGCCUCACCUAUUAAAGACUACUCAAAGCCUUCGAAAAAAAUACUGGAAGUUCAUAAAAUAAGUGACGUAACACCGUUGGAUGAUUUGUUAAAGUUGUCAAAAGAUGAUUAA